CAAACAUAAGAAUAUGAUCGAUAUACCCUCUUCUUAUAUCGUGUCUUCAAAGCUAUCACCUCUUGAACCUCAAGAUGUCUUGAGAGUAUUGAGGCUUGUGCAGUCAGAGUGGAAUGAUGAGUGUGUAAAGGAUCGGAUGAAUCGGCAUCCGACACCAUUGAUAGCAGUUGGGAUUGCGAAUCCACACGAUCUCCAACGGGUGGUGCGAGUUGGUGUUCCGGUCAUUCACCUUGACCGGGAGUGCAGGGCUUUAAAGGCAGCCCAGGCACGGUAUCUCCGAGAACUCAAAUAUGGACAGAUUCUUGCAUCGGUUGGAUCGGCUGUCUUGUCGGGAGUCCUGGUGGCCAGAGGACUAAAGCAGAUGAACGGCCGUAGUCUGAGGGCCCUGCUGUCCAAGAAGAGCUGGUUCUGGAUGUACUUUGGUGGGGCUGGCUUGAUCUGGAUAGGCCAGGUGAGCCUGAUGCGUGCUCUAAAGGAAAGCUAUGGCUUGGUAACCCUACAAGACGAGUGCUUCAUGGUCCGUCGUGAUCUGGUGGUUAACAAAUGGCGGUCUGUGCUGCAGCGAUGGUUGCCUUAUUGCCUGUUGGUCGGUUCUGUGUUCCGUUGGACUCGCGUUUAUUCAAAGAAGGGGGUAGUUUACUAAAAAGCAUAUAAUUUUUUUUAUUUCUUUUUUGUUUUUGUAUUCCCUUUCUCUAAUAGACAUUAGCUACUAUUAUAUUAUACUCUGAUUGGUAAUACCCACAGACAAUCUAUAUAUAUUUUAUAUAUAUAUUUUAUGUAAGCAUUAAUGAUAAUAAUAAUAGUAAUAACUACUAUGAGCUGAAAAGCGGAGGAAGAACAGGAACAGGAAAUAGAGAAAGAAAUAAAAUAUAUAUAU